ACAUACAUACAUAACAGAAUGUUGCUGUGCUCAUAUAAAGGUUAGUAUUUACUGCAGAUAUCUGAGUAUUAAUCAUUUCUCCCUCAGUUCACCAGAUUAUAUUCAGUUUUAGACGCGAGCAAUUUCUCUGUUAACCCCUAACGUAUGUUACAUCAUGUUACGUCAACAAAGUACAUCCAUGAUUGUGCCAGUAUGGAUAUCAACCGAUGAUACCCCAACUCAAGAAAUAUUAACUUACGCGUUGUUAGAGACGCAAAGUGACACCACAUUCAUUCUUGAUGACACUGCAGCAGCUCUGAAAGUAAGUAACCAACCUGCAAAACUGAGCUUAUCAACGAUGACCUCUCAAAACACCAUUAUUGAUAGUACCAGGAUAUCCAAUCUACGAGUUAGGGGUUUCUAUUCACCUGAUAAUCAUGCUGUGCAUAUCAAUCAAGCGUACACCAGAAGUUUUAUUCCAGCUGAUCGUUCCCACAUCCCCGAAAGGAAGACUGUUACUAGCUGGCCUCACCUUCAUUCAGUUUCUGAUCGUAUACCACCGCUUCAGUCAUGUGAUAUUGGUCUACUAAUCGGAUACGACUGCCCACAAGCUCUUGUACCGAGGAAAAUAUUGGUGGGUCAGACAAACGAGCCAUACGCAGUACAAACAAUAUUGGGAUGGAGUGUUGUCGGCUAUUCAGAGACUACUUCAGGGACGCCUGUUGCUGCUGGUAUUAGCUGCCGUACAUCAGUUAAGGAAGUACCCUGUACACCCAGAGAUGUAAUAAGAGUGUUAGAAUAUGACUUUGCACUUGAGAAGAAAACUUACAAGGAAUUCUCCCAGGAGGAUAUUCAUUUUCUGAAUAUUAUGGAAGAAAAUAUUCGUCAACGAGAUGAUAAGCACCUAGAGAUGCCACUUUCUUUUAAGGAACGACCCAAUUUGCCUAACGACAAACUGCUUGCCUUGAUGCGUUUAAAACACCUGAAAAACAAAUUUAAGCGGGAUCAAAGGUAUUUUGAACAUUACAAACUUUUCAUGAAUGAGAUGAUACAACGGGGUGAUGCAGAGCCUGUAAAUGCCGAUGGACCGGAAGGAGGCCUGUGGUAUAUCCCACACCAUGGAGUUUAUCACGUAAAGAAACCCGACAAGCUCCGAGUUGUCUUUGAUUGUUCAGCGAGGUAUCUCAACGCAUCCCUAAACGACCAUUUACUUACAGGCCCUGAUCUCACAAACGGACUUGCUGGUGUCCUCUGCAGAUUUAGAACAUUCCCCAUCGCCAUCAUGUGUGACGUAGAGAAAAUGUUCCACCAAUUUGUUGUGAAAGAUACAGACAGAGACUAUCUUCGGUUUCUAUGGUGGGAGGAUGGCGACAUCGACAAAGAGCCAGUAGAAUAUCGUAUGCGUGUGCAUUUGUUUGGCGCAGCAUCCUCACCUGGAUGUGCAAACUACGGACUUAAACAUCUUGCCAGGACCCAAGUGACCGAGCUUCCUCGUGCCCCCUCUUUCAUACAAAAUGAUUUCUAUGUUGAUGAUGGCUUGACGAGUGUGGAAACCGAAGAUGAAGCCAUUCAGCUGGUAUCCGACGCUCAGCAACUCUGCGCAAGUGGUGGACUACGUUUGCACAAAUUCAUCUCCAAUAGUAAACGUGUGAUAGACUCUAUUCAGGUGUCAGAGAGAGCAACAGAUAUAAAGAAUCUAGACUUGUCACAGGAACGACUACCUGUUGAGUGUGCACUCGGAGUGGAGUGGUGUGUUGAAGAGGAUGUCUUUAGAUUCAACGUCACUGUAAAGGACAUUACUCCUACAAGGCGAAACAUGUUGUCCAUUGUAUCGUCCAUAUUUGAUCCGUUAGGAUUCCUUUCACCAUUCACUCUUAGAGGAAAGAAAAUUCUUCAAGAACUGUGUCAAAAUGGUAUUGACUGGGACGAACCUCUCCAAACCUAUUUACAGCCUCAAUGGGAAAGUUGGAUUGCUGACAUCCAUAAUCUUCGUCUCAUAACCAUUCCAAUGUGUCUCAAGAUUAUUGUCAUAUGUUUUGUUGGUGCGACUCUUGCCUUGGACAACACAAUCUCCCACCAUCCUCAAAUAUGA